CUCCAGCUCCCCACCGUGGCCAUCCAUAGCCGAGACUCCCCGGGGAAGAAGGGGAGGGGCGCGCGAGCGCGUGGCUAACAGGGUGGCGCGCGGCAUGACCUGGUCGUGGGUGGUCGGGGUCUCCACAAAAUCAACCACACACACCCCAUCACUCUUUCACCCCACCAAAUCCCCUCCACCACCACGUCUCCUGCUUCCUCCUCCCACGGCAACUUCUGCGCCGUCCUGUCGCAUCCUCAUCCUCGCGACGGCUCAUCCCCUCGCGUCACUCCUUCACCACUGGAAGGACGACGAACCCGGCACCAUCUACUUGCGUUGCAGGGAUCCCGUCAAGAACGGGGUGGCUUCAUCACGGGCAGGCCAAACCCGAGGCCGGCGGUGCCACGGGCAACUCCGUCGAGCCCCUCCUCGAGAUUCUCGGGGCUAGCGGGCGAGCGGCUGAAGGCGGAGAGAGGGGGAGGCCGCGGCAGCGGGGUCGUCAUCCAUGGCGUUUUUAUGAUUCUAUCCCUCGACCUACACCGGUCUGCCCAUGACUAUGGCUGAGCGUCCUGCACCGGUCUCCUCCCGUCUGAUCUCCUCCGAUGCGACGGGCGGCAGGAAACUCUAGGAGCCCUCGCCGAAGUCUUCCAUGCCGCUGCUGCGGUGGCUGCGGCAUCAGGUGGCCGGCGAUGUGCAGGGCCGAUGCCGUCGAAGAGGUCGGACAGGCCGUCACCAUGACACAAGGCGACGGCAAGCUGAAGCCGGUGGAGGACCCGACGGUGCCCACCAGCACUGACCGACCCGUUCUCUCCUGUUGCUGUCUGGGAUACAGUCUGGGAGUCCUCUUGCGGAUAUGUGAAUUUUCUAAGGCCAUCCAACUCUUUGGCAAUCUCACAGCGGAAGCAGCGGUUGACUGGUGGCCGGAAACAACACAAUAUCUCGGGCCAAUAUGCUGGGGAUUCCUUGCCGGUGUCUUUGACUCUGCUGCGGCGGUGGCUGUGGCAGUUGGUUGCACACUGGGUGUCUGGCACUGUUCCAGUUCAGGGCACAGGGGGAGGUCGGAUGUGUCAUCGCCGUUCAGUGAGGCAGGCGCUCGGUGAUGUGCCGUAACGGUGAUGGAUCCAAUGUUUUGCACAAGCUCUGUCCUCAACUCUAUCCCCUUGGGCAAUGUCGACGAUUAGAUCGCCAUGAGUAGCUGCUCUAGAUGGCAUGCCGUGGAGAUACGAUGGGAGUAGUGGCCCAUGAAAACAGGGGAUGUGGCGGUGCUCUGCUUGGUCGCCGGCCCUCAGUGGCGACUAGAGAGGCGACAACAACGUCGAUUGGAAGCAGCUGCUCGCCCACUAGCCUCACUCGCCGGCCCUCGGUUUUGCUAUAUGGUUGCCUUCUGUUAUAGAGCAUUACCUCAUGCCAGCGUUUGGUUUUCCUUAGUUCAUAAGGCUUGCGAUUCCACCUUAUAGCUUAUCCUGCCAUACACCAAUAUAUAUACACCUCUGCUAUGCUAUAAAAAUAGAGCAUUACCUCACAUACAUGGGAGCCUAGAGACGAGGGAGAAGUAAGCUGGAGUGUGGAAAAAACAUGGAAUAAGCUGCCUUCUUCUGGUAUUUUUCUGGCAAUCAGCAAUCUUUCUAAUGUUGUUACUCGCUUGAACAAAACAGCUGAGUUUUUUUUUUGUUUUGUUUCUAGGAUCAGUUCUCUAUGCAAGGCAACCACUGAAGUACGCGGUUUUGUGUUUGUAGAUUCUGUUGAAUUGUUGAAAUUCAGUAUUCCAGUUUGGCAACGCCAGUUUGUUUCAGUUAAGUAGUGUUUAUUACUGAAUUUAUCGUCAGUUCAGUGGGUUAGGCAGAUCACAACCAAAUUUCAGACCAUUGAAAUUACUUUAUCCUGCUGGCUUUAAUUCUUUGUUUCCUCGAACACAAUGGUAUAAAUUAACAUGCGCACAGAAUAGUUUAUUUAUACACAACUGCUUAUUAAGCUGGGAAAAAAAAGCCUCAGGUAUUAUUUUUAGAAUACUCUCAGAACAAUCAUCAAGCCAUAUAGUUUCAGUUUCAGUUUCAGAUUCGGAUUACUCUCGGAGUUCUAGCACAGAUAAGAUUCAUUUUCAGUAUAUAGUACAUACUGAAGAAGCAGUGACGUACAAGGUCAAUCCCCAAUCUUCCAUUCGUCACUAGCUGCUGUCACCGAUCCGUUCUUCUUCCUUGACGAGUCGAAUAGUGAGACAGUCCCGCGGCGACUGCACACAUCCUGCUUCUGUUCUGCUAUGUGGUCGCCGCUGUCGCCAUCUCCGUUGUCCUUUCAUCUGGUCAGGUAUUCAUCCUUUUUUAGUUAGUCCAUGCUAUUUCCUUGCCGAUGCUUUAAUUUCCCUGUUCUUUGGUUUUUCGUGUUGUUCUCUCCUCUGGUCCGCCUAAACCCAGGGCUGCUGGGCAUUCUGGACAUCUUUUGUGUCCCCUCCUUCUCAUGGCUCCCGGCAGAUCUGCCCAGAGGCACUCGAUGCUUAAGUUCCUGUAACACAAAAUCAUUUAGGCCCUAUUUAUGAACUGAAUGCCACGCUUGGUUUUGCCUCUUUCCCAAGCUUCCCAGUGUAUUUUUUGUGAAACUUAGUAUCUUCUCACAGUCAUCCACUCUCAAACAACGCUUGCAAACUAAGUCAUCACAAUGAAAAUUUGCAGCAGUCCCAGUUCUCAACUGAAGGAACUGAAUAGUAGACAGAUUGUCCUAGGCAAGACGUAAAAUACAUGUAUUGAAGAAACUGUUUUAAACGAAUUCAUUGUCUUUUUUUUUUUUUGAAACGGAUUGUCUUUCUGAUGAUAGAGUUUAAUACGGUGAAAUUAUUUUUUUUGUUAUACCUUUCAAACUUCCAUAGAGUAGCUGGAUCAGGAUCACUCUCUUUAUCCUAUGUCUGAUUGAUUUUCCUCACAUGCUAUCUUUUAGCAUGUGAGAAGAGCGGAAAACCAAAUCUGAUCCCGGGUGCAUAUGCACCCGGUAUGUAUAAAACAUAUUUGCAAACGGUAAAAAAAUUAGGAAAUUUUUUUAGCAUGUAGAGAGACAUGUUCUAUGUGUGCACGUAAAUUUUCACAUAAAACCAACAUUUUUUGUACCCUAUGUAAAAAAGACAAAUAAUGCCUCAAAAAAUAGACUAUUUUAGCACCUAAGAUUUGUCUUUUUUGCACAAGGCAUGAAACAUAUCGGUUUUUGCUGAAACAACUUUGUAAGCAUGUAACAUGUCAAGGUAUACACAAAGAAUUUUUAUUUGUAUUUUUCUAACAUUUUUAAAUAUAUUUAAUAUGUGUUUCAAAUAAAGGGUGCAUAUGCACCCGGGUGUAGAAACACCCUAUCCGACGUGGGAAGAGGGCCUUUUUAUGCCUAAAUGAACCCCAUUGUCCUUAUAAGAAGAUUGAUUUCUAAGAUGAUGUGUUUCUUUGUCGAGCCUUGUGUUUCAUAUUUUCCAAUUUGUACCUUGAGGAUCUCCUUUUAUCUAGACUACAAAUGGCGUGUGUUCAAACUAUAAUACGAAUAAGCAAAAAAGGUUAUGUCAGACUAACAGAGCAUAUAUGCAUAUUUUUCUUGAGAUAUAUGUCAAACAUAUGCUGGGUAGCUACUAGCUACAAAGAUGGGUCAUAAUGGUCAUGUAAUACAAGAAUGGAACAACUAUCCCCGUUUGAUAUUGAUACAUGUGCACAUUUCUGAAUUUGGAAAUACUGUUGGCUUCUACUCCUCCUAGCAAGGAACAUCCUGUGCGCACCUCCCGCCGCUCCUCCGACUCCUCUCCUUCUGUGAUAAAGAAUUGUUCUCCCGAUCUCUGUAACAUAAUUGUGCUCCUGCAGGUACACCAGAAGGAGAUCAAGGCUGCGAGAGGAUCUCCAGUACCACCAGCAGCACGGAAGGCGGAAAAGGAGAGCGCAAUCGGAGCUCCUCCAAAGUGGCCAUCUUCGGAGGUGAUGGAUGGGGAAAAAUCCCAUGUCGCAUUGAGUGCAAUGGCGCUUAGGCAUUAUAUGUAUGAUCAUAUCUCAUGAUCAUAUAGGUUCUAUCUAUGAAACGAACUUCUGAACUUCUGAACUGCAACAGGCAUGUAUUGUUGUGUCGACUGAACGCUUGAUCAUACACCGCACCCCUAUUCCGAAUUGAAUUAUACGUAUGAUCAUUAUGCACAUCUAUUUCCAUGAUUAGUCUAUUUAUGUCCAAGUUGCCCCA